AUGCUUGGUUGCAAACCUUGUGCUACACAAAUUGCUUCCGGUUCUAAACAUUCAUCUUUGGAUGAUACACCUCUCUCUGAUCAUCAGGCCUAUCAGAUUAUUGUUGGUGCUCUCCAAUAUAUCACGCUCACUCGACUGGACCUCCGCUAUGUUGUUAAUCAUGCCCGCCACUUUAUGGCCAAUCCCAUCACUGCUGGUUGUCCAACAAUUCACUGCUCAACCACUGGAUUCUGUAUUUACUUUGGUGACAAUCUAAUUUCUUCGGGCUCUAAAAAGAAACCAACAGUUGCCCGCGCUAGUGCAGAAGAUGAAUACAAAGCGUUAGCUACCAGUGCUUCUGAAAUUUGA